CAUGCCCACUCUGCAGCACCUUGUGCUCCCGAUGGACGGCAGUCAGGAGGAGCUACAGACGCCUCCACUUCCCAUAAAUCCGCCGCCUAAGGUGCUGGCCAAUGGAGUGGUGUACGGCUUCCGCACCCGGCACUUGUCCUGCAUCGAGGAGAACGACUCGGACUCGCUGCACGGAUCGUCCAUUCCACACGCCUACGACAUGAUGCAGCAGGCGGACGAGACGUUCCAGAAGUUGAAUGCCAAUGAGGAACAGGACGAAGAAUCGGAAAGUGGGGAGGAGGGCCUGGAGAAUCUGGACGACACGAUUGCCAUGAUCGAUGAGUCUCGGCUUUUGGAGGCCGAUUACCUGGACGAGCUGGUGGCCGAGGAGCAGGUGCAGGAGCAGGAGGACGAGGAGGAGUCCUCGGAUCUGGUGGACUCCGGCAACGUGGAGGAGGACUUCUGGCAGCCGAGCUUCAACCGCAACGACAUCAUGAUGACCUCCGUUUAUGGAGCCCUCAAUGGUUCCCUGACCAGCGAGGUGUCUUCGACUGCCCCACCGGGUUAUUCCGAGUGCACUACGCCCAAAAAGGAGAUGGAGCCCGUUUAUGCCACGCCGGAGAAACGAAGAGCCAGCAAUCGGAGUUUCGACUCCACCUGCGCCUCACUUACCAGUUCCUUGUAUGGCGGAUCCAUGAACUCCUCGCUGGAUCUCAAGUACGCAUCCUUGGGCGGCGGAGAUUCGGGCAGCGGGGGAAUCAGUGGGACCAGCACCUUAAGAGGAACCUCAGUGCCUCCCAUGGACAUAUCCAUGAUGUCCAGCGAUGGGGUGAGUGCCCUCGACUGGGGAUCGGCCAGUGUCAGCUGUGUGUUGGACUCCGGCGAUGGGAAUCCCGCCGAGGAGCUCAACGAGGAAAUGGCCGCCAAGUGCCUGAGUGCCGCAGAAAGUGAUCUCCAGUCCAUUCGACGUCUCCUGGAACACGAUGCCAGUGGAUCCGUGUGCCCCUCCUGCCGCAUAUCCUUCGACAAGGGCAAGAGACGGAAACUGAUCGACACCUGUGGCCACGAGCGCUGCUAUUCCUGCAUGUUCCGCAACGACCAGUGCCCCAUGUGCAUGAACAGCUCGCUGAGAGAUGUUGAUGGCGCCAAUGCUCAGGGCUACGACACCGGAAUCGGUGGAUCCACAUCGACGAUUGUGAGUCCUCUUGGAUCCCCGCAGCCGCAGCUCAGAUCGCAUGCCCAAAGGAACGCGGCUCUGGCGCGCUAUAUGCAGCAGCACCGCCAGGAGUCGCAGUCACCGGACUACCACCACCGCUAUGCGAGCAAUGGCAAGCUGCCCCGGGCUGUGGCCUCUACCAAUGGCAAUGCAUUCUCCACCGGCACCACGCAAACGGUCACCGUGGAUGUGCACCACCUGAGCGGAGGAGCCGUGGCCUCCGCCGCCAAGCAGCUGAUGGCCCACGGCAACGGCAUCAGUGGCCACAGUCGCAGCAGCAGCCUGAGCCACAACAUCCAUGCGUCGGCCUACAGCGAACUGAGUGCCGCACCACCGGCCUUUGCCACUCCGCCCACGCGUAGGCGGUUCUUCAACCACAAGAAUCUGCGCAGUGCCCUCACUGGAGGAGGUAAUGGAGGGUCUGGUGGAGGAUCAGGAGGAGGAGGAGGAGGAGCUGGCGGAGUGGGCGGCGGCCAUCGACGCACUGCCUCCAAUGGGGGCUGUCCCAUUGACACGGCAUCAAUCCUAUCCGGCGAUCAUCCUCAUCAGCAUCAUCACCAUGGUAGCCAGAAUGUGGGCAAGGAAUCGAAUGCCCUGAACACAUCGACCUGCUCGGAUUCGGCGGUCACAAGAAGGCGUCGCAAGAAUGUGAGCAAUCACAACCUGAAGACCUCGGCUCGCCAUGGAGCCAGCAGCGAAAAUCGCCUGAACAGGCUCAGUUUGGCCGGAACAUCCGUUUACGCCGGUCAUUUGUCCUCACUGGUCUUCGGCAAGAUCAAGUCCCUGUGGAGCGUCAACUCCUCCAACUCGAGUGAGGCGGGACUGAACCAACUAGCAGGAAGCGACGCCCUGGACCACCAUGCCUCGCUCCUGAACGACAAGCUGCAGAAGGACCAGCUGCACGCCCGCCUCGGCCUGCUGCUCAACGAUCCCGGCAGCAAUGGCAACAGCAGCUCCAGCGGCAGUGGCUGCGAGCCCAUCUCGGCCCACUCCACGACCAGCACCACCAGCAGCAGCGGCGUGGGAGCGGCCAGCACCACCACGAGCGGCUCCUCGCAGAACGUCAGUCCGGAGCAGACGCUGGCCAGCGGCGGCGGGCUGCUCAGUGGCAGCCAACUGUCGGUGGCCACCAGUCACGGGGUCAAGGAGGAUGCACUGAGUCUGUGUGGCAAGUUCAAGGCCGGCUGCUCCAUGCUGCACGUUUACGAGGCGCUGCCGAGCAAGAGUCGCAAGGCAAAUGCCCGGAGAUCGGCACGUGGUCAGCAGGCAUCCGGCUCCAGCUCCUCCUCGGCAGCAGUAGCAGGUAUCCAGGGAUCCAGGGUGACAGCCUCCACGCUGGCAGCGGUUCAGUUGGCCCUCAAGCCGCUGUUUUUCGAGGUGCCGCUGCAGGAGCCGGAUCCGCCGUACGUGGGUCGCCAGUGGCUGGUGCAGCAGCUGUCCAACAUCCUGCUCGGCACGGAGACGCGGGUGGUGCUGAUCAAUGGACAGCCGGGCACCGGCAAGACCGCCUUCUGCCUGCAGCUGGUGGAGUACUCCUGCUUCGGCCGCCGGCAGAUGCAGGACGAUCCCGAUGGCAUCUACAGCCAGCUGCAGCUGGGCGCCCACUGUGAACGCAUGCGGGGAUUGGCCUCCCACAUGGUGGGCUACCACUUCUGCCAGGCGGACGCCAAUCUCACCUGCCAGGUGCCGGACUUCGUGCACUCCCUGGCCGCCCAGCUGUGCCAGGCCCCCCAGCUGACCGCCUACAGGGACUACCUGCUGUCGGAGCCGCACCUCCAGGACAUCCUCAGUGUGCGCGAGUGCAUCGCGGAUGCGGAGCGGGUGAUGAAGCUGGCCAUACUGGAGCCACUGGCCCAGCUGCAUCGGGCGGGCAAGAUUCCCGCCAAGGUGGCCGUCAUCCUGGUGGAUGCCCUGUGCGAGGCGGAGUACCAUCGUCCUGAUCACGGCCACACCAUAGCCAGCUUCCUGGCCCAGCUGACACCGCACUUCCCGGCCUGGCUGAAACUGGUGGCCACCGUGCGGACACAGAUGCUGGAGCUGGUCAAGGCGCCCAGCUACACGCAGCUCACGCUGGACAGCUGGGGUCAGGCGCUGCAGCAGGACAUGCUGGACUACAUUGGCGCCCGACUGGCCGACAGCCCCGAGAUCCGGCUGAAUAUCGGCGGAGGAGGAGGAGGAGGUGGAGGUGGCGGUGGAAGCCAGGCGGGCGGCCAGCCGCAGACGAAGUUCGUCUCGCACCUGCAGUCCCUGAGCAGGGGCUCCAUGCUGUACGCCAAGCUCAUCCUGGAUCUCAUUGCCCGCGGCCAGCUGGUCAUCAAGUCGUCCAGCUACAAGGUGCUGCCCGUGUCCCUGGCCCAGAUCUUCCUGCUGCACUUCAACCUGCGCUUUCCCACCGCCCGCAGCUUCGAGCAGGCCGCCCCAAUCCUCAACGUCUGUUUGGCCGCCCUGUAUCCUCUGACGCUGGACGAGAUCUACUACAGCAUGGAGGCCCUGGGCCACGGGCGCGAGUCGCUCAGCUGGCCGGACUUCAUGCAGCGCUUUAAGCUGCUGGAUGGGUUCCUCAUCAAGCGGCUGGACAACACGUACAUGUUCUUUCACAGCUCCCUGCGGGAGUGGCUGAUGCGGCGCGACGAGGGCGAGUCCAACAAGUUCCUCUGCGACGCUCGGCUGGGACAUGCGGCCAUCGCCUUCCGGCUGUCCCGCCUGCAGGCUCCGUUGUCGCCGCAGCUCACCCUGGAACUGGGACACCACAUGCUCAAGGCGCACUUGUACGGCGGCACCAGUCUGACCCUGCUCUCGCCAAGGGAUCUGCAAUCGUAUUGGCUGGCUGGCGCGGCGGACAACAUCUCCUCGUCGCUGGGCGCCCUGCGCAAUGUAUACAGUCCGAACUUGAAGGUUUCCCGGCUGGUCCUACUGGCAGGAGCUUCGCCAAAUCACCGCACUGACUACAUGGGCGGAGCUCCCAUCCUCUGCAUUGCUGCGCACGAGGGCAUCCUGCCCAUGGUCAGCUUGCUGCUGGAAUUCGGCGCCGAUGUGGGUCUGACCAACAGCCAGGGCUGUACUCCGCUCAUCCUGGCCGCCAUGCGUGGCCACUGCGACGUAGUGCGUCCGCUGGUGGCCGCCGGCAGCAGCCUCGGUCAGCUGGACAUCACGCAGCGCUGUGCCCUCGUUCAUGCCGCCCGGAUGGGUCACCUCAGUGUGGUCAAGUACCUGCUGGCCUGCGACUGGUCGCCGCGGCCCCAAUCGCAGGAUGUCACCAGAUCGGUGGCCCUGCAACAGGCACUGAUUGGAGCCGCCGCGCAGGCGCACUGCAAGAUCCUGGAGGAUCUGCUGGACCUUAACGAGAGCGAGUUCGACCUGGACGUGAACGGCAUGGAGCCGAGCAGUGGCGAACUGGCGCUGACCGCCGCCGCCCGUCACGGAUGCGUCGAUGUGGUGGCCAUCCUGCUGUCGCGCGGCGCCCAGAUCGACGCCCGGAAUCGCCAGGGAUACUCCGCGCUCUGGCUGGCCGUCAAGGAGGGUCACUGGAGCGUGGUGGAGCACCUGCUGCAGCGGGGCGCUCUGCUGGACGAGCCGCUGGGCCAGACGCGCAAGACGCCGCUGAUGAUUGCAGCGGAGGAAGGCCACCUGGAGCUGGUGGACCUGCUGCUGGCACGGGGAGCGGCCCGGGAGGCGCAAGAUCACGAGGGCUUCACGGCCCUCAGCUGGGCCUGCUUGCGGGGCCACUUGGCGGCGGCCAGGACGCUCAUUGAACAUGGCUGCAAUCGGCAUCACGAGGACCACAACGGACGCACCGCCCUGGAUUUGGCCGCCUAUCAGGGAGCCGCCAGCCUGGUGCUCUACAUCCUCGAGCAGGGCGGCAACCUGGAGCACAUCGAUGUGCAUGGCAUGAGGCCGCUGGAUCGCGCCAUCGCCUGCCGGAACAUCCAGGCCGUGCAGGUGUUCCUGCGCAAGGGGGCCAAGCUGGGACCCACCACGUGGAGCAUGGCCAUGGGCAAGCCGGAGAUCCUGGUGGUGCUGCUCAACAAGCUGCUGGAGGACGGCAAUGUGCUCUAUCGCAAGAACCGCUUCCAGGAGGCCGCCCAUCGGUACCAGUACGCCCUGCGCAAGAUCUCCGGACUGGAGCAGCUGCUCGAGAGGAAUGCCAUCUUCGCCCAGCUGCGGACCAAUCUGCUGCUGAAUCUGUCGCGCUGCAAGCGAAAACUUAAUGAACUUGACGCCUCCAUAGAUUUGGCCACGCAGGCGAUUGCCCAGAAGCCGCACAGCUACGAGGGAUACUAUGCGCGGGCAAAGGCGCGCAUGGAGCUGGGAGCACUGAACGAGGCACUGGUGGACGCCAACGAGGCGAUGCAGCAGGCCGCCCAGAGCGGCGUCCUCUGCGAGGUGGUCGAGGUGCUGAAGCGCAUCCAGACCGAGCUGCUCACCCGGAUCACCAUCAGCAGCGAGGAUCAGUCCGGCAGGAUGCCCAGCGGCAUCGGCGGCGGGGCUUCCGCCGUUUACGAAUCUCACCACGAGAUCACCGAUCUGUAAAUGUCGAUUGUUGUUGUGUAGUGUAGUGUUGUACUCGUCGUAUCGCCUGCGAAUUAAUCGCUAUUCUAU